AUGAAGUCUAAACUUCAGAGUCAACAGCCUCCGCUUCUCACCACAGACGGGGGCGGAGCCAUCACGCCGCCAGCCAAUAGGACUGCAGGAGUGGAACAGCAGACUAGGUGGAGGUUUUUGUUACAUUGUUUGGAGGACUUGGAUGCAAGCCUUCGCAAAAUCAACUCUCGUUUGUUUGUCAUCAGAGGUCAGCCCACAGAUGUCUUCCCUCGUCUGUUUAAGGACUGGCAGAUCUCUCGUUUGUCUUAUGAAUAUGACUCGGAACCCUUUGGAAAGGAACGUGAUGCCGCCAUCCAAAAACUACCCUGUGAGGCCGGGGUAGAAGUGCUGGUAUGGAUUUCACACACCCUCUAUGAUCUGGACAAGAUCAUAGAACUAAAUGGCAGUCAGCCACCUCUUACUUACAAGCGCUUCCAGACCCUCAUCAGCCACAUGGAUGCUGUGGAAUUGCCUGUAGAGACCAUCACCUCCAAAAUGAUGACAAAAUGUUCAACACCAAUUGGUAGUGAUCACGAUGAAAGAUAUGGAGUACCCUCCCUGGAAGAACUUGGUUUUGAGACAGAGGGUCUGCCCUCAGCAGUGUGGCCGGGAGGAGAAACAGAAGCCCUCAAGAAGCUCGAAUGGCAUCUAGAGCGGAAGGCAUGGGUAGCAAACUUUGAGCGUCCACGUAUGAACGCCAACUCUCUGCUUGCCAGUCCCACUGGCUUGAGCCCCUACUUGCGCUUUGGAUGUUUGUCCUGUCGACUCUUCUACUUCAAACUCACUGACUUAUACAAGAAGGUGAAAAAGAACAGCACUCCUCCGCUUUCCUUGUAUGGCCAGCUGUUAUGGAGAGAGUUCUUCUACACAACUGCCACCAACAAUCUGUGCUUUGACAAGAUGGAUGGCAACCCCGUGUGUGUCCAGAUCCCCUGGGACCGAAACCCGGAGGCUCUGGCUAAGUGGCCAGAGGGACAGACAGGCUUCCCUUGGAUAGAUGCCAUCAUGGCCCAACUGAAGGAGGGAUGGAUCCAUCACCUAGCAAGGCACGCUGUGGCCUGUUUCCUCACCAGAGGAGACCUCUGGAUCAGCUGGGAGGAGGGCAUGAAGGUGUUUGAGGAACUCCUGCAUCAGAUUUAG